CAGCCACACACAACUAGCUGUGCUGCUCAUCACGUUCACAUCACCAUAGGCUGUAUCAUCACCUGCUAAAAACAUAACAAGAUGCAGCCUCUUAAUGUGGUGACAGACUAGAUUAGCAUACACUUUUUUUUACUUUCUCACCUCGGUUCUUUGUUGAGUGACCGCUGAUAAGAAAAAACAAAUUAAAAAACAACUGUGGCGCUGUAAAGCUAACCAGCAUUAGCUAGAGGAAGCUAGCAAACAGACACGCCAAGAUGGACGAAGCUGCUGCUGCCGCUGCGAUCAAUGAGGACGGAGCUGCUAACAACCCCCGCAAUGGAGACACAGUGUCUGAAAACAACGUCGGUUCGUCGGCUGAGGACACCGCCCAGGACACCGCUGAUGGGGUUUUCUGCUGUCGGGAUUGCGGGGAAGCCUUCAGAGAGGAGGCAGCCUACUUGGAGCAUCGCCAUCAGCACUCUCAAGAAAACGUGUAUUUAGACGACCAGUUGGAUGAUUUACAUGAUGCAGAAAAGGACAAUGAAACAGCUAAUUUCUGUACUUUAUGUUCACUCUCAUUUGUUGAAACAAGUGAAUUCCACUUGCAUAUGGAGAAGAGCCAUGGUCGAACCUCUCAAAAGGAGUCUGGUAUUCAAAUAAAUUCUGGGAUAACAAAGCACCACACCUAUGAAUGUCCAGACUGUGGGAAAUGUUACGGUGUGAUCGGACACUUUCUCAACCAUCAGCGGUCACACAGACAAGCCUCGAAAUCUGUUUUUCAUGACCUUGAACAUUUGAAAAAAAAGUCGUUUCAGUGCGAGUCUUGUGGGCGGAAUUAUUCUCGCGCUUCAGCUCUGGAUGCGCACCGUCGCUGUCAUGAGGAGAAGUUAGUAAAGUCACGAAACAGGAGUUCGGGAGAUGCAUGUCCCACUGAGGAGUCAAUAGUUGAAGCCAAGCCUGUUGAAAACCAGGCGAAUGACACUCCUGAAAAAACUUUUAAGUGUUCAUGUGGGAAAGCUUUUACUGCUCUGAUGCGCCUUAAAACACAUCAAAGAUUUAGCCGCAACAGCCAGUGCUCUCCAGAGGAAAAGCAAGAAAAACCAAAGAAAGGCCUCAACGAGUUUUACUGUAGUGAGUGUAAGAAGGCUUUCAGCGGCCAUAUCGCCCUCUUUAACCAUCAGCGAUGGCAUGAGAAUCACUCACAUGAUUCUGCGAAAAGAUACCCAUGUGAGGAAUGUGGGAAAGUAUUUAUGACUCUAACGUUCUACUACAGACAUCAGCGCAUGGCACACAGUGAAGAGACCCCGGCAAAGUCAUUUCUUCAUCAGGUGUGUCAGCUGCAGAAGAAGGCAUUUGAAUGUAAAGAUUGUGGGCUAAAGUUUUCCAGGGCCUCAGCACUUCACUCCCAUCAGCUUCAUCACACGGAUGUUUUCAGAGAAACGGAGAAGGAGGCUCAGACGGGCACCUCUCUGCUACCUCAACAGAAAACUCUGGAAAGCGAAACAAAAGACACUGAGCAGGAAGAAGUGAAAUCGGAGAACGUGCUUCCCACCAGUAUAACUGAAGAAGACUCACAUGCAAAUGAGACUGAUGAAGAGUUGGAGAGUUAUGAACCUGGGGACUUUAAUGUACAGGUGAUCAGUGCGAGUGAAUCUGAGGACGAGCCCGUCCAAGACCUCAAUCCUGAUCUCGAGCUGCUGUGUGAAUCAGAUCAGGAAGUAAGAGAUGACGGCAGCGCUGGAGUUUCCUCUGGUAUCCCUGUUUCAAAACCAGGGCUGGAUUUGAAAAUUGUACAAAUUGACUUUGGGGAAGCUGACGAGCCGUGUGCGCUGGUAGCGAGGGAAGCCGAGAGUAAAACAACAGGAGAAAGAUUUGAUUGUCCAGAGUGUUACCGUUGGUUUUCUAGUGCUUCAUCACUGCGUGUUCACAGAAUGUGGCAUGGCGUUCGUAAGAGGAAACAGCAGACUCAAGGUCAGUCAGUGGCAGCUCACACAUGUGACACAUCUGGACACGAAACCAGUAGCUAUGCAGCACACUGCAGUGACAUACAACAACACAAGAAUCAAAACACUAGCAAUGAUGAUGAUGAGGCAGAGGGACUGGAGAAGAAAAAUUUGACAUGUAAUGAGUGUGGUAAAUGCUUCUCACGUUUAUCUGCUUUAGUCUCCCAUCAGCUGCAUCAUCCCAAAAGAAAACAGUUUCAAUGCCCACAUUGCAUGAUGUCUUAUUCGUAUGCAGCCAGCCUGUUUAAUCAUAUGAAAAACUGCUCCACACAGAAAAAGGAGAAUAUUUCAGCCACUAAGAAAGAAUACAAUCCAAAGAAAACCCUCCUAGGCCCAAAGAUUUAUCAUUGCGAACAGUGCGGGAAAGGUUUUUGGUCUCUAGGAGCUUACUCCCACCACAAGCAAAGUCAGACUCAGUGUGUAGAUUUGAGGCUAAGAAAAGGGGUCACAGAGUCUUUGCACUCUGUUAAUGGACACCCGCGCUUCAAGGUUGCAUGUCCAGUGUGUGGUAGAAAGUUUCGUCACAAAGGCAUUAUGGCACUGCACAUGCGAAAACACGAAAACGGGAAUCACAAGUGUGAACUCUGCAACAGAUCAUUCCGUCUCUUCUCCAGCCUCCUCAGACACCAGGUUGUGCAUAAUGACCAGUUACUCCCACCACCCAUUAAGUCUUUUCAGCAUCAGGUGGAGCAGCUGAAAAAGAACACCUACAGCUGUCCUGACUGUGGGAAGCUGUUUUCACGGGCAAAAGCACUUCAGUUUCACAUGAAAAGCCAUGGGUACGAGACUGGGCACUCGCCAUCAUCGCCAAGAUCUGCUGUCACGCUUGAGGAUCUGCAGUGCGCAACGUGCCUCGCACAUUUCAGCAACAAGGCCUCUUUGAGGGCUCAUCAGAAACUUUGCAUUAAAAGAGAACCCUCAGAAAAUAAUGAUUCCCUGACAAGGCACAAAGAUAGUGUGGAUGUCAGCAGACAGAAAAGCUCUGAGCAAAUAACAGUACAUACUGAAGUAAAGAGUGAAAUAGACAGUGGGAAGCUAAAGAUGGAAAUUCAAACAGACGAAGGCAACUUAGAAAACCCAGGCACAACCAAUUUGAAAUACAAAUGCAAAAAGUGUGACAGAAGCUUUUCAGUAGUCGGAGCUUUAAAUUUUCAUAAAAGAAUUCAUGCUGAAGGUUACAAAUCUAUAGAAAAAGCUAACUUGGGCAUGCCCAUAAUGCUUAAGAAACCUAAGCAGGAAGAGCCGAGUAAAGGACUAUUUCACUGUUCAGACUGUGGGAGGAGAUUCAUGUCCAACUCUGCCCUCGGCUCCCACAAAAGAUGGCACAAAGAAAAGAAAUUUUCACGAUCCUUGCUUAAAGAUGAUGAUUUGAAAUCCGUUAGCCACAAGACAGAGGACGGACCUUUUCAGUGCCACAAAUGUGGCAAACAGUUUUUUAACCAUCUUGUUCUCCAGCGCCACCAGACGUUUAAUCCUCAGUGUCAAACCAAAACUGAGCCUGAGCCUGGUUCUGGCAAGAGUGUCGAGAGCAACAGCACACUGGAAAAUUCAGAGUUUUCGUGUCCAGAAUGUCACAAAACAUUUGAGCAAGGCUCAAUUCUGGCUGCCCACUAUGAAAAUGAACACAGUAACACUUUGACAGCUGGAGAUCAUCAAGGAGACGGGCUCGGCGUGGUUGAACAAGUCCCCGAACACGUUAAAGUCAACUUGAAUGGGAGUAAGCCCGUGUCAUCAACACUGAUGCCAAAAGCUCACCAGUGUCCUUUCUGCUCUUUGGUCUUUGCUAAAGCAAGGGGUCUGCGUGCCCACAAAUGGCAGGCCCACUCAAAGAGGACAAAAGGUAAAAAGCCGGAUAUUUUGAGAAUGAAACCGGUGCCCAUUGCCCCAAAGAGUGAAGUCAAACAGAUGCACGACAUCAGUACAGUGGCGGUGAAAAAUAGCUCUGUUGCCAGAGGAAAGAAGAAAAUCCCAUCAGACCCCACACCACACGUGAACUCUGUCCUAUGCCUCGACUGUGGGAAGCAGUGCAGUUCUCCCAACACCCUCCUUGACCAUAAGAAGGAGUGCCUGGUGAUCCAAACUCCUGAAACUACGGCAGAGGUUUCCCCACCCCUGAGCCGCCUGUCUGAGCAUACAGCCAAAUGCCUCUUCAAGUGUGAUAAGUGUGGGAAAGCUUUCCAAACAGAGGAACAACUGGGAAGCCAUAAAACCAAGGCAAAAAGCCGACCUUAUUGUUGCGCCCUGUGCUGCCACGGCUUUUGGACUGAGAACCAGCUGCAGCAACACCUCGCCUGGCACGAUGAAGUCCGCUGUCGUCUCCCCAACGAGGUUCGCUACAGGCUCAGCGCUGCUAUGACCUCAAAGCCUUUAAAACCCAACGUCCCCUCUGCUGACGCCACAGGGACGUCCUUUCCAUGCCCAGACAGCAAGUCACAAAGUAGCCAUAAGUGCCAGCAUUGUGGCAAAGCCUUUCUCUCACCAACUGCAUUACAAAAACACGAAACUCAGCACUGUAACAACGACUCAUAUCAUUGCUCUAUCUGCCCCAGGACCUUCAGUGAGAUACAGGACCUUAUCGAUCAUCAUCAGGAAUGUAUCGGUGAUUACAAAAGGCAGAGUGAUGCCCCCGCUGCUGUCUCCUCAGGAGAUACCAAUGGCCUUACUUGCCUCGAAUGUGGAACUACUUUUUGUCAAGAAACUGAUUUGCACCAGCACUACAUUGAACAUGCCCGCAGAGUGUAUUAAGACUAUACAACCUGAAAAGGACUGAAGUGAAGACACUGUAGAUUGUGGAUUUUUGUUUCUUUUGGCGGUUGCCAAACUACUUAAAUAUGUUAAGCUAUAAAUUUGCUUAGGCUAAUUAGAGACAUUCUUUCCCUAUUUGUUUCUGUAUUUUUAGAGAUUCUUCAUAUUUUGAAAAGCAGUUCCUUAUGGGUUUUUUUUCCAAUCUCAGGCUUUCCUUUACACUGGAUUAGUAUGUGUACAAAUGUUUAGGAAUAACCCCUUUUAUAAACUUGUGUUGCAAUGUCUCAAAUGUGUAGUUUUGAGCCACCAUUUGAUUUGCCCCUGUUUUGAGUAGACCUGUAAUCAGUUGAACGUCAUGAGCCAAUUACUGGCUGGAGUGUGGUAGUUCAUAACUAGAUAUAUUAAAAAAAAAAAAAAAAAAAAAAAGAAGAAGAAUUAGAAACAUUUAUGCAUGUAAAUGUUUUUCCUCAUUCUUUUAAAAUCAUCUCAAAAUUGAAAAGUGGAGCUAAGACACUACCUUUUUCCGAGUCUAUGAGAACAUUGAAAUAUUUCUGCUAACAUACUAAUUUUGCUUGUGUCCUUUUAAAUAGGUUACGCAGAGUUAAAUGAAGUUCAACAAUGUACAUUGUGUGAAUUGGUUAAAAAAAGUCCUGAUGUUGAACACUGCAGCCAUUUACUACCAUAAAUCAAAUUUACCAGUCAAAGAAUUGUUUGUUACCUACAACAUGUUUUGCAUUAAUCGAUGUGAAAGCUCCCAUGUUCUUUCCUUUUCAGUGUUAUAUUUCUAUGUUGUGGAGAGACUAUUCAGUACUUAAACUAAAAUGCGAUUAUGUUCUUGUAGAAUAGUUGUUAGUUUACUGUACCACUUAUGUAGUGGAGAAAAAAAGUAUUUGUAUUGUAUAAGAGAUGUUACUUUGUUAUAUUAAUUUAAAGACUUUCUUUUCCUUAUUUGACCAACAUACCCUUUGACUACUUGUUUAACUUGCUGUUUCUGAACAAAGAAGAAAAAGUGCUCUAAAAAGUUAAAAAUAAAUAGAUUUUUUUUUUUUGCGUGAAUUACUGGGUUGUGUGAUUCAUUCAGCCUUAGAUAAGUCAUGCAUUUUUGUGGGAUCAGCUGUCUGGUUUGUUAUAUUUCUUUUUUGUGAUUGAUACUCAUCUUGUGAUGAAUUAGCACUGGCCAUGUAUUGGGUUGUUAUCAGAAACAUUUUUUAAAAAUCAUGCGAAGACCAAAGUUAGAAGGAAAAGUAAUGAUUUCAAAAACACCGCAUUAUGGAUACGGAGCCUGGAGUGUGCCAUCUGAAUAGUUAGACUUUUGUAGUGUUAACAGCAAUAUUGUAGUCAAGAGCACCUCAGCUGAGAUCAAGUCAUGACCAAGAUGAGUGUAACAAGACCGACACAAGACUCUUGACCAAGGCAAGGCAUGUCCCGCACUGCAAGAUGGACUUACAAUAAAAUGUGGAACAUGCAAACUACAGGCACUUCUGACAGCUGCUUCUUGUAUCUCUCACGUGACAGUACCAGUAAAGGGAGAAGGGAGGGGUGACAGCCCUUAAUAGUAACAAGGGUUUAAAAUCAGAAAUGAUUCGUUAUUGGUUGCAUAUGAAACAGGAAGUUUUACAUCCAAAUACCGUAAUGAUGCUAAUAAAUACAUCACACAAUGCACAGGUAAUUCAGUGAUAUCCUUGCAGUUGUGGCCCUCACCGGUCCUGUAAUAAAAUCCUGAGUCCUCGACCAAUCUCAAGUACUACAACAUUGGUUUACUAAUGGCAUUAUAAAAAGGUUUUAAAAAAGAAAAAAAUAUUGCAUUUGCCAGGUAAUGAUUUUGUUCAUUUUUUUCUGUCUGGAAAUUAUCAAUAAAUAAUUAAAAUUUAAAAUGGAAUAUAAAAAAUAAUUCUAAAAAGACUUACUAAUUAAUAUUUUGACCCUGAAUCAUCAUACAUCUGUUUCCUACUUAAAUAUUUAAAAUGUCGAUUUUAUGAUUGCUUUAAUUGGUAGACAUAUUCUCAUAAAGAUACUUAAGCAAUUAUCCACUAACAAAUAAGUCAGAGCAAUUGUGGUGUAAGACUGUAAGACUUUGAGUGGCACAUUGCAGGUUCUGUAGAUAGGUCACAGAUAAUCUACUUGCUUUACAGGCAUAUUUUGUUUUAAUGCACAAACUCUGAGAUUUUAAUGAUUUUAUGAAGCGUUAAACCUGACUCAACACUUUUAAUUGCACCCCUCAUCUGUGAACGAAGAGAAGAGCCACAACUCAGUCUUGUAAGUUUUACCUGCUAUAAUUAAAAAGCUUUGCCAUUGAGAGCAGGCUUUUUAGCAGGCGGCUACAUUUCAGCUGAGCCAUCACAGAAAAAUUAGUUUAUUAAUAAAAUCACAAGAUCUCUAUUGGUUUAUUUAAUAUACUAUAUAAUAAAUUGAAGUUCAACUGAAGUAUGUAAAAU